CCUACACUACGGAGUCCCCCCAUUGCCUCACCCUCCCUUGCCUCACCCUCCCUUGCCCCCUGUGAUACCAACAGCGAUUGCAUUCGGACAGCAUGUUGGAUGGAAAAGGCUGCUCAGGCAAAUAUUUAGCUAGAGAAAAAAUGAAUUGGUCAUUACGUGUGCGAAAUAUUAUUUAGGCUAUUCCGGUUUACAAAGACGGCAUUGUAAUUCAAGAGAACGUAUUGAAUGUGUAAUAGCUACAGUGGAUGGAUAUUGUUAGCUUGAAUGGUUGGCUAGCUAGCUAAACAUCGGGACUUACUAAAUCAACAUUGCAUUGUAACCGAUCGGAUAUUUCAACGUUCCAUAAUGUAAUGGCAAGUGGAUUGCAACGUUACAUUGAUGUCGAUGUGUCAUUGAUUGAACUGAACGAGAGAGGGAAUGUAUCCGGAUACAACCACAGAGACGAGUAGAGGAAUUUGAAUCGACAUAAUCCAUCUGCAGCAGGGGCAUCGGGACGGAUGAUGAUGAUGAUGGCUUCGUGGCGAUGGACAGCAGCUCUCAUCUGUUUACACUGGGUGUUCCAGUACACCCUGUGUCGCGAGGUAACCCUUCCCUCCGGACCCCUAUACCGCGUGGCAGGGUUCCCCCUCUCCAUCCCCUGUGCUGUAUCAGGCUACGAGGGUUCCCGAACGCAGGACUUUGAGUGGUUCCUGUACAGGGAGGACUCCCAGGGGAGACAGAUGGGGGUGAUCUCCACCAGGGACCCUGGGUUUCCUUAUGCACCCUUCCAGGCGCGGGUGAGGUCCGGAGAGGUGAGGGUGGAGAGGGACUCGGGGGACAAGGCCAGGCUGGUGUUCCAGAGGCUACGAGCAGAUGACCAGGGACGAUACGAGUGUUACACACCCAGCACAGACUCCAAAUACCAGGGCAACUACAGUGCCUCGGUCGCUGUCAAAGUGAUUCCAGACACUCUCCUGAUUAGCUACUCCCGGUCUUUAACUGGCCAACCCGUGCCAGAGGGGGCGGAGAUAACUCUCACCUGCUCCGCCGCCGUCCAAUCAAAACAGCACACCCACCUGUCCAUCACGUUCGGCGUGCGUGGCGGUGGUAGCGGGUUGGUGUCAGGGACACCGAGAGAAAUCAUAGCUAUCGAUAAAGAACUGAGCGUGACUCCUGGCCGAGGGGACUCCUACCAGAAGAGAUAUGAUGAUGGAGAGAUAACGCUGGUGAAGAAGACUGGAGAUGGAGGGAGAGAUGUCUACGUGAUGAAAAUGAGCGCCGUUGCCCCGGACGACUCAGGGGCCUACUUCUGUGAGGCAUCGCAGUGGAUCCUGGACCCUGAUGGAGCGUGGCAGAAGAUCGCUCAGAGGACCUUGGAGAUUGGCAACCUCACGGUUCAACCACUUGCUGACUCCCUGUCUGUUACGUCCACUCCGCGAGGUGAGGUAACUCUCCAGUUAGGCUCCCCUCUCACUCUGACCUGCGAGGUGUCUGGUUUGGCCCCUGGGGGCCGCUCGGGCCUGCUGGUUCAGUGGAUGAGGAGGGGCACCGUGAGCAGCGAGGACAGGGCAUUGACGGGUGGAGGGGUGGAGGUGGAGGUGGCCCGGUAUGGCCCAGACGGGGUGGUGAGCUGGGGGGAUGACUCCAGCCGGGGGGGGAGGGGGGGAGGGGGUUCCAUGGAGAAGGAGGUGGAGGGACGGUACUCUCUCAGGUUGUUCUCUGCCCACCCAGCUGACACGGGGGUGUACCGCUGUGCUGUGAGCGUCUACGCUGGGAGGCUUAACCCGGGACCCUCCAGUGCUGCUACCCUCACACAGAGGUCAGAGGGGGUCACCAUCAACCUCGAGACGAAAGAGGUCAAGGUGUCAGCAGUAGCCAACCUUCCCCGUGGCCCCCUCUUGAAGAGAAGUGAUACCGUCACCCUGCUCUGCAACGUAUCCGUGGUAACCACCGGCCCUGCACAGGUGGCGGUCCAAUGGCUGCAGAGGGCGGUCCUCCCGGCCCAGGAGGGUGGGGCUACAGCAGGGGGCGUGGUCAUAGAGAAGGGUGGGGACAAGCCGUCAGUAGAGGAGAAGGGGAGGGUGUUAGCCUCUCUUACCUAUGAGGGCCUGUCCAGGCCAAAUAAGAACCACAGCUCUGAGGUCAGUAUGGACCGGGUGUCUCUAGGCACCUACAGGCUGAGGAUCUUCUCUGCCCAGGACCAGGACCAGGGCCUGUUUGUCUGCCAGGCUGAGGUGUGGGGACAAGACCCCCGUGGAGGAUGGUACAACACCGGGGCCAAGGCCCAGUCGGAGGGUGUCAGGGUCUACCUGUACGCCAGAGCGGCCGACCUGCUCCUCAUCCCCUUGGUUGUGGGCAUGUCCUCUGCCUUGUUUGUGGGCGUGGUCAUCAUCGCCACGGUAACCUGUUGCUUCAUGAAUCGAUUGGCUAGGCAGCGCUCCCCGAAAUAGGAAGUAGGAAGUCACGACAACGUAUAAGUUCACUGAAGGGCGAUCGACGAAGAGGUUCAUUAAAAAAAAGACCACAAAAACAAACAAAAAAAGACCUAGUGGACUUUAAAAAGUUUUAAAAAGAAAUUGGAACUCUCAGACCUACACGAUGUCCACAUAGAGAUGUAAAUAUACUAUGUAACAAAGAGUCUAAUCUGGGACGGUGACCAAGAGAAGACACUAGCACUACUGCUCCUACCUGUCAUACAGACGUUUGAUUGUUUCACAUGGUACCAAACCAUUUCCACUUGUUCAUAAUGUGUUGCACCCAGCUUGUUUCUGUUAUAUAAACUCACCGUGUGAACCUAUUUUUCAGACUUCCAUAGCAGACCUAACCAAACAGCUGGCUCUUAUUCAGCACGGUUCCUACAACAAUACGUAUCUAGGCCAGCAACAGAACAGCUUGGUUUGGCUCAGUAGUGUACAAAGCCAUUUAGGUGUUUGAUAUGUCAAAACCAUCCGAAAUGGACAAUGCUCAGCUGUCUAGUGUUGAAGUAGGUCAAAUACAAAUAUUGACUUAGAAGAGACACUGAUUAGUUAUCCCUUUUGUUUUGGUUAUUUCUUUUCCUUGGCAACCACCCUCUCAAAAGAGAGGGGUUUAUAUAUUCAUACGGCAGGGUAGCCUAGUGGUUAGAGUGGAGGGGCGGCAGGGUAGCCUAGUGGUUAGAGUGGAGGUGCGGCAGGGUAGCCUAGUGGUUA